AUGUCUCUUUACAAAAACAGUCCGUUUUUGGUUUUGUUAGUAUUAAGUACUUACGCCCUCGCGUCUAGCGUCGGAGUAAACCUUACCGCUUCAGAUUCAGCGGACAGACUUUCUUUGAGCCCUGCUGCUCCUGCUGUUGUGGUUGACUCGCCUGUGUUUAAGCCCGGUGUGGACUCCCUCUUCUCCCUCAAUCUGCUCUCUUCCUUCCCAGAAGACCUGGAGAUCAGCGACUACUGCAGCGAUCUGCUUCACAUAUUCGGACAGCGGUAUGUCGCCUAUGUCAACUGCUUGGUGACUGCUGCCCGACCUGUUAAAGUUUGCCAGAACUGUUUCUCCACUUAUGGCAGCCUCAUGAACAUCUAUAACAACAUAUCAUCAGACGAGAUGGGUCCUGGUAAUGUGAGCUGCAGGGACAGCCUUCUGCGCAGUGAUCAUCUGAUGCUGGUUUAUCUGCUGUACAGCAACAUGGAAGACAUUUGGACGAAAUCAUCCUGUGUCAACUGCAUCACUAAGGGAUUCCAGAGUCUGACCAAUGACACGCUGUACUUCAUAAGCACUCUCAACCAAACUCUCACCUGCUUUGAGAAGUAUCAACAGGGGAACCAUACAGAGCUGUGCAAAGACUGUAAGAAUGCAUAUAGAGACCUGAAUGAGCUGUACAGCAGAAUGGAGACAAAUCUGACUAUGUGUAUUGACAUAGAAGAUUCGAUGAAUAUGACUCGCAGACUGUGGAGUAAGAACUUCAAUUGUUCCUUCCCCCGUGAGGAGACUGUGCCUGUCAUUGCUGUGUCCAGCUUCAUGCUCUUUCUGCCCAUCAUCUUCUACUUGAGCAGCUUCCUUCACUCUGAACAAAAGAAACGCAAGCUCAUACACCCCAAACGGGCAAAGUCAUACACCACUCUGAUGAACAUUCAGGACAAACUGAGCUGAAGAGAAGACAGUAGGCUGCGAUACCGAUCAGUAUUCAGAGGACUUCAAUGAUCUAGAUAAACGAAAGUGAAAUGAUUUGGGCACACUAAACAUUUGCUUUCAUAUCCUUCAAAUAUUCUUCUCAAAAUAUAGCUAAUGCUGUUAAAACACAUACAAGAAAAACAUGCAGUAUUCAUAUGUUCAUAGAUUUUAGAAAACAAACAAAUUGUACACAAUGUGUUUGAGUCUGCCUGUUACUGCAAUAAUUUAAGCAACAUUUUGGAUCUUUAUUAAGCGGGCUAUGUUUGAAUCAAAGUAUAUUUAACUUUAUAAACUACUAAUCAGAUGGUUGUUAAUUGUUGCUGCACAGAUCCUGGCCUCUCCUUCCUUUCAACUCGUUAACAAUCUUCAUGUUGUACAGCUCAUCCUGCAGACUGCGACACAGCUGUCACAGCUAACGUGUGUAUGUGCGCUAUUUAUGGCUUGAGAAAUGGGUUUUCUGUCUCUAAUGUAUGUCCAGAAGAGAGCUGCAAAAAAGGAAGCACUUGAUGUCCAUUAGUGGUGACAUGUAUCUGCUGUAAGAAGAGGGGGUGCACAUCAGUAUGGAGGGGGGAGUAAAUAAAGACAUAACACAUAAUGUAAGAGCACUCCAGAGUACCACACUGUGAUGUUACCUGUUUUCCAGUUAGUGUUUAUGUGGUUGCAUAAAGCUUUUAAUGUGCUUUGUUGUUGUUUCCCACUGAUAUUUAACCUAAUUUGUUAAGGGGUUUCUGCUACUCAUUACAGUGAAGUCCUUUAUGAGUUACAAGGGUAGAAUUGUUGAAUUAAAAAUCCAUUUGCUGUGAAGUAAUUUAAACCUUAAUUUUGAAUGCAUAAUAUCAAAUAAAUACUUUUAUGUCAGACACAACCUACAGCACCUCAACC